CCACAGAUCACAACAUUGACAACACGACGGCGGUCCUGCGCGAGUGGCUGAAGAACGUGCAGGGGCUGUACCACUACGUGGAGUGGAGACCCAUGGAGGAGCCACGGUCCUACACAGAUGAGAUGGGUCCCAAGCACUGGACGAGCUCACGGUUCAACCACAUCAUGAAGCUGAGACAAGCGGCACUGAAGGCAGCACGACAGCGCUGGGCAGACUACAUACUGUUUGCAGAUGCUGAUAAUUUCCUGACCAACCGGCAAGUCCUGAACCUGAUGAUUGCAGAAAACAGGACCAUCGUGGCGCCGAUGCUGGAGUCUCGCACCCUCUACUCCAACUUCUGGUGUGGGAUCACCCCCCAGGGCUUCUACAAGCGCACCCCGGACUACCUCCCGAUCCGGGAGUGGAAGAAGCUGGGCUGCUUCGCGGUGCCGAUGGUCCACUCCACCUUCCUGAUCCACCUGCAGAGAGAGGCCACGCGCAGCCUGGCCUUCCACCCGCCCCACCCCGACUACACCUGGGCCUUCGAUGACAUCAUCGUCUUCGCAUUCUCUGUGCGGCAAGCAGGAAUCCAGAUGUACCUCUGUAACAGAGAGCACUAUGGGUACCUGACCAUCCCUCUGAAGGCCCAGCAGACCCUGCAGGAUGAAGUGGACAGCUUUGUCCACGUCCAGAUUGAGGCUAUGAUCGACCGGCCUCCCAUUGAGCCCUCGAAGUACCUACACCUCCCCCCCAAGAGACUGGACCGGAUGGGAUUCGACGAGAUCUUCCUGAUCAAUCUGAAGCGCCGCAGGGACCGGCGGGAGAGGACUGUGCGCAGCCUGGAGGCUCAGGGGAUCAACGCCACUGUCACUGACGCAGUGGACGGGAAAGCUCUCAACACGUCCCAGCUGAAGGCCCUGGGGAUCGAGAUGCUGCCGGGGUAUGAGGACCCCUACUCCCGGAGGGUGCUGACUCGGGGGGAGAUCGGCUGCUUCCUGAGCCACUACCACACCUGGAAGGAGUAAAGCAAAGCAUAUUAAAGCAGUGUGCUGGUCCUGGAGGAUGAUGUGAGAUUCGAACCCCAGUUCAAGAAGAGGAUGAUGUUAAUGAUGGCAAACAUUAAGGGGGCCCAGCUGGACUGGGAUCUGAUCUAUGUGGGACGGAAGCGCAUGCAGCUGGAGCGUCCUGAGCAGGCUGUGGCGGGUGUGCCGAACCUGGUAGAGGCAGAUUACUCAUACUGGACUCUGGGCUACGCACUCUCCCAGCAGGGGGCGCUGAAGCUGCUGCGGGCGGAUCCCUUGGGGAAGAUGCUGCCCGUCGACGAGUUCCUGCCCGUCAUGUUCAACAAGCACCCUGUUAAGAAGUACAUGGAGCACUUUGAGCCGAGGGAGCUGCUGGCAUUCUCCGCAGAGCCCCUGCUGCUGUUCCCCACUCACUACACGGGGGACGCGGGGUACGUGAGCGACACUGAGACCUCCAUUAUCUGGGACAACGAGAGGGUGGAGACGGACUGGGACCGGCAGCACUCUCAGCGCUCGCGCAAGGCCCGGCAGCAGGGCCACAUCAGCAGCGCGGGGCAGAACCGCGUGGACAGCGCAGGGGCCACGGCGAGGGAUGAGCUGUGAGGGGCCCCCCAACCCUGCUGUCCUGAGGCAGGGCUGAGCUGUGAAUGUGAUGUGUUUUACAGCUGCCUCACAAACUGACUGUUUAAUUGUAAUCUUCAUCUGAAAUGAAUUUCAUUUAAAGGGGGGGGGGCAGAGUCCGCUGGUCUCAGAACUCUGUCAAGUCGGGUCUUAAAGGAUCUGAGUGCUUCUGACCAGGCAGCCCAUUCCACCCCCUCGCCACUCUCUGUGAAGAUGUGCUGCUGUCUGAGUGAAUGCUCAGCUCUGCCCCUCCACCCUGCUGUGUGAAUGAAUGCUCAGAUCAGGCUCCGCCCCUCCACCCUGCUGUUUGAAUGAAUGCUCAGAUCAGGCUCUGCCCCUCCACCCUGCUGUGUGAAUGAAUGCUCAGAUCAGGCUCCGCCCCUCUGCCCUGCUGUUUGAAUGAAUGCUCAGAUCAGGCUCCUUCCCUCCAUCUUGCUGUUUGAAUGAAUGCUCAGAUCAUGCUCCGCCCUGCUGUUGAAUGAAUGCUCAGAUCAGGCUCCGCCCCUCCACCCUGCUGUUUGAAUGAAUGCUCAGAUCAGGCUCCUUCCCUCCACCCUGCUGUUUGAAUGAAUGCUCAGAUCAUGCUCCGCCCUGCUGUUGAAUGAAUGCUCAGAUCAGGCUCCGCCCCUCCACCCUGCUGUUUGAAUGAAUGCUCAGAUCAGGCUCCGCCCCUCCACCCUGCUGUUUGAAUGAAUGCUCAGAUCAGGCUCCUUCCCUCCACCCUGCUGUUUGAAUGAAUGCUCAGAUCAUGCUCUGCCCUGCUGUUGAAGGAAUGCUCAGAUCAGGCUCCGCCCCCCAUUGUGUGUCCAGCCCACACCUGAAAUGAAAGUUGAUGUGUAUAAAAUAGUGAUGAAUUGUAACAGAAGUAAUUUAUGAGUCUAUAAUUGUAAUGCCUUACUUUAAUAAUAGCUGGAUGAGUUGUUCAGAUGAACUGUGUUUACAGAGCUGCUCUUUCACUGACAACAGCCCUGAAAUGAGUGAGCCUGUCUCAGUAAAGUGCCGCUGCACA